AGUGCCCGGGCCGCCGCCGCCGCCGCCGCCCGCCCGCCCGCCCGAAGCCGCGCCCACCGCCCAGAGCCAGAGGGAUGGUGGUAGUCACGGGGCGGGAGCCAGACAGCCGUCGUCCGGACGGUGCCAUGUCCAGCUCCGACGCUGAGGACGACUUCCUGGAGCCGGCCACCCCGACGGCCACGCAGGCGGGCCACGCGCUGCCGCUGCUGCCCCAGGAGUUUCCUGAGGUUGUCCCCCUUAACAUUGGAGGGGCUCACUUCACCACACGCCUAUCUACCCUGCGGCGCUAUGAAGACACCAUGCUGGCGGCCAUGUUCAGCGGGCGGCAUUACAUCCCCACCGACGCCGAGGGCCGGUACUUCAUUGACCGGGAUGGCACCCACUUUGGAGAUGUGCUGAAUUUCUUGCGCUCAGGGGACCUGCCGCCCCGGGAGCGUGUGCGGGCUGUGUACAAAGAGGCCCAGUACUAUGCCAUCGGGCCCCUCCUGGAGCAGCUAGAAAACAUGCAGCCUCUGAAGGGGGAGAAAGUGCGCCAGGCAUUUCUGGGACUCAUGCCCUAUUACAAAGACCAUUUGGAGCGGAUUGUGGAGAUUGCCCGGCUGCGUGCAGUACAGCGGAAGGCCCGCUUUGCCAAGCUCAAGGUCUGUGUCUUCAAGGAAGAGAUGCCCAUCACCCCCUAUGAGUGUCCACUUCUCAACUCCCUGCGCUUCGAGCGGAGCGAGAGUGAUGGGCAGCUCUUUGAGCACCAUUGCGAAGUGGAUGUGUCUUUUGGGCCCUGGGAGGCUGUGGCUGAUGUUUAUGACCUACUGCAUUGCCUGGUCACAGACCUCUCAGCCCAGGGCCUCAUCGUGGACCACCAGUGCAUCGGGGUGUGUGACAAGCACCUCAUCAACCACUACUACUGCAAGCGCCCCAUCUAUGAGUUCAAGAUCACAUGGUGGUGUCAUGCUCACUGGAUGGGAAGGUAAAAGUUUUAGGAGAUAGGAUUGUAUGGUGCAAUAGCAGCCAUAACAAAAUUCAAUAAAAAUGAAAAACUUAAUGCCAACAAAAAAAGAUUGAAACAAAACCGCAAUGAAACACAUCACAGCAUCCCAGAUGGAGGAGUUCUUUGGGUAACGCUCUAAAUAGAAGAAAUAGAGGAGUCAUCACCAUCCUUCUUCUACCUUUGGUUAACUCACGAGGCUGUCCAGUGUUUAUCAUGUGGAAAGCAGUCAACUGUGCUCUGAAAGUUUCUAUUCUUUCUUCCUGGGGCUUAGGAUAUUCUAGGAGCUGUCUGAGCCUUGUGCCUCAGGUUGGUCAGGUGACAUAAUCUUCCUGUUCUGGGUUGCUUGUUGGAGGACUAGAAGAAUGACAUUUGCAAACCGCAAAGUUGGGUGAGCCUCAGUGUGUGAUCUUGGUCUAAGCUGGAUCCUGAAGAGGUUAAGACAAAUGACAACAACAAAACAAAAACUAGUCCUGCUGAUCAUUUUGAUCCCAGAUAGAAUUUUAAAUAUCCUUUGGUAUACCUUCUGGCCAUAUUUGAUUCUGAGUUAAGCUUUCUUGGGUACCUUUUUGCUGGGGAUCUUUAAUGAAGGUAGUGCCUGCUUGUGAUCCUUAAAAGAGGAGGCUUUAUUCAUCAGAAGCCGGAGUGUGGGGAACUGGAGUGGAAGAGGCACUUUUUGGAAUUCCGGAAGAAACAUAUAUGUAUACAUAUGUUAAUUGGGGGAAGGGUGGGUUGGCAGGGGUUGAGGAGGCGGGAACAAAGAUUGGGUAUAGAAACAGUUUGCUUCUGGAGCACGGGAGGUCACCUGGGUCCACUGUCUUCCUUCUGUAUGGUAUUGGGUUUGUGUAAAUGGUGUAACACUUCCUAUGUUUAUUUAAUACCUGUCUGUGAGCGCUUUGGUGCAUGGAGCCCCAAUACCCUCACGUGGCAUUAAAGAAUUAGAACCUG